CAACCUCUCGUUGUGAAGAUAUACUGCCAUUUCUGAGAAACUGAAACGCUUUGGUCCCUUCAACUUAGAGCGCAGGUGAAACCGAACCCAGUAGGCCAGUACCCAUGAAGGCAGUACAACCAACCAUGUCAAUAGGAGCAGCCACCGUUCACAACCACCACCGUCAUCUUUGCAUUCCCCACCGUUGGUACCCCUCCCUCCACCCACCGUCAUCCCCUCUGCCGCCACCUCGUCCCCUGCAUCUCACACGUUCAAAUCCCAAGUCCCAUUCCCUCAAACUCACCUUCGUCACCAGAGCUGCUGAUUCCACUACCCAGCCCUCUGCUGCCAAAACCCUUGUCCCUGACGAUGAAUUCUCACUUGCUAAGGUGUCAUUUGGUGUUGUUGGACUGGGAGUUGGGGUUUCACUUCUCUCGUAUGGUUUUGGGGCAUAUUUUAAUGUUUUUCCUGGAUCUGAAUGGUCGGCAUUGAUGCUUACAUAUGGCUUCCCACUUGCAAUAAUUGGAAUGGCUCUUAAGUAUGCAGAACUCAAACCAGUGCCAUGCUUGACAUAUUCAGAUGCUCAAAUGUUGAGGGAAACAUGUGCCACUCCAAUCCUUAAGCAGGUAAGGGAUGACGUCACAAGAUUUCGCUAUGGGGAUGAACAACAUUUGGACGAAGCAUUGAAAAGAAUAUUCCAGUAUGGUCUGGGUGGAGGGAUUCCAAGGAGAAGUGCACCUACCCUACAAAUGAUCCGUGAAGAAGUCACGGAAGAUGGUAAAUACUGUUUGGUCCUUAUGUUUGAGGCUAAAGCAUUGGAAUUGUCAGAUUUCGAAAAGAGACAGGCAAAAUUUGCUUCAUUCUUUGGACCAGGGAUCAUAGCUGAAGUUGGGAAGGGAGAGAAUGAUCUAUAUGAAGUCCGACUGAUUUCCAACACAACCUCCACUUCAUCAACCAUAUGAUGAUUUCAUCCGAUCCUGCUCUCUGGUUCGGUUUUCAUGCAUCACUUGAUAUGUAGUAGUCCUUGUGAAAUUUUGUAGCAUGUACAGAUUCGUUGUGGAAAAUAUUUUGAUAUUAAUAUAGAAAGGAGAUGAUAGGAAUGCAUAACUAGUUGGAAAAAGUAAAUGAGAACAAGGGUAAUAUCAACAACUGAUGUUGUUUAAUUUGAUAUAUUAUAAGGCUAAUGAGUAAUUAUC